UAUCACAGUGAAAGGGGAGGAGAAAUCAUUUUUACUUUCGUUUGUUACAGGAUCUCUGCACUUUGCAGAGCUUUCUUUUCCACACGUCUAUUAGAACAUUCACAAAGUAGUCCAGCAUGACUGUGCAUGAAAUCCUCCUGGAGUUUUUGGAUGAACUGGAUUCUAAGGAAAUGGAUUUAUUUACAUGGCACUUGACUAAAGGCGUAAACGACUUCAAAAUUCCCAAAAGUCAACUGGAGAAUAAACAACGGUUUGAGGUUGUGACAUGCAUGAUUCAACGCUAUCCAGACGGUGCUGGGAAUCUCACUCUGCUUGUUUUGGAAAAGAUGAAGCAGAUGAAUCUUGCAAAAGAGCUGCAGGAGAAGCUAGGCCAUAAUGUGGAUACACUGCAGUCCAAUCAUACUGCUGAGGCUGGUGCAGCACAGAAACAAGAGAGAUGCAAACCUGGAGCUGAGUUUGUGGAGAAGCACAGGACAGAGCUGAUCAGUAGAGUGUCUCUGGUGGAGCCCAUUGCAGAUGACAUGAAACCUUUGAUUGGAGAAGAAAAAUACCAAAUCAUCUUAAACUCAGGAACAAGACAAGCAAAAAUGAGAGCUCUUCUGGACUUCCUCACAACAUCUAAACUGAAAGAGAAUCUUUACCAAAGCCUUGUAAAACAUGACAAGUUCCUUGUUGAAGAUUUGGAGGAUUGUGUGUAGAUUUGGCUUAUUGUCAUUCAAGAUAUUAAGACAAAACAUGUUUGCACUGGAAGUUAAGGUAACACAGACAGGACAAUCGGUUUUGAUUAAUAAUAAUAGUGAUAAUAAUUAAUAACAGAGAGAUGGAAACCUGUAACAAGCUGUCCUUGCUUGAUAGUUAAUAAAAUAUUUGGAACUCUC